CUCGCUCUCGCUCUCCUCCUUCGCUUUUCAAACCGCGUUUCUCCCCUUCCCCUUCACUGUCAUGGCGUGCCCGUUCUCCUGAAAGAGCUUGCACAUAAAGAAACAUUCAGCUGCUAGAUAAGCAGAGAGAGAGAGAGCGAGAGACACAAACCCACCUGUAAUACGACCCCCAACAUGAGAUUAUCAAGCUUGUCGCACCAUUUCCUAUGGCUCACUUGCUCAGGAAACUCCGCUCCCUGCUCGGCUUGAUCGUCGUCUUCUUCGCGGUGCCGUUCGCUUCGCCGGUCGUCUCGCUCUCGACCGUGUCGAUUUCCGGAACCGCGAACCAGACGUUGGUCUGUGCUCUUAUAAAGCCUCCCGGCGGGAGCCUGUUUCUCAACUGUACCAGCUUCCCGGCGGGAAUUCAAAUUCCUGUCAAUCGCAAUGCUUCCUUCGCGGGCAUCGUCGGCGGGGACGGAUUCCUGUGCGGCUUGAGAGGUGGUUUCUUUUCGUCGACGUCGGUCCUGGUUUGCUGGAGAUUCUCCGCCGCCAAUGGCACCGACAUGACAUACAAGCGCAUCUACAAGGGUCCUCUCUUGACGGAGCUCGAUUCCGGAGAUGCUCACGUGUGUGGUCUCGUCAACGAGACUAGCCGGAUCGAGUGCUGGCAGUGGCAGUGGCCCCGACUCCAUCGGACCAUGGUGCCGAACAACUGGUCCAGUGUUGCGGUGGGCGGGGAUUUUGCAUGCGGCCUGACGGGCGCCCGUCAGGCCGCAGGGAAAGUCGAGUGCUUCGGGGACAAUGCCCGCGUCGUGCCUAAGCCGCCGAACGGGAGCUUCAGGGCGGUUGCGGCCGGGUCUGGGCACGCCUGCGCCAUCUCCUCGGUGGAUAACAGUCUGGAGUGCUGGGGAGAUGGGGCGGACGAGAUCGAGCCGCCGCAAGGGGGCUUCUUGUCGGUGGCCCUGGGAGAGAACAGGGGCUGCGCACUGCGGACGAACAGCACAGUCGUGUGCUGGGGGCGGAGCAAUUUCAGCUUGCCGAACCACUUGCGAGACGCAUACUUCACAGCCAUCGAAGCCAAGCGCAGCGUUUUUUGCGGAGUCUUGGCCGCCAACUAUUCCUUGUGCUGUUGGGGCAAUGAGCACUUCGACUCCAGGCCCGGUUCCAUGGUGUUUGAUAACGUGCUGCCCGGCCCGUGCCGGAGCUACUGUCCUUGCGGCCCUUUGCAGCGCUACGGGGACUUGUGCGAGCAAGGAUAUGUGUGUCAACCUUGCCAAGCUCCAACCCCAAUUGUUCAGCCUAAGAGCUUAAAUAGGAAACUGGUGGGGUUCCUGGUGGUGGGAUGCGUGGGAUGCGCUUGCUUGCUGUCGAUCUUCGGUUUCUGGCUGUUCAGAUACUGCAAGGGGAGGGUGUGCCGCGUCCACGAUUCGGGCCGCAUCGAAGAGACCUCGAGCCCGGAUCAAACUACGGACCCGCCGCCACAGCCUCGGCCACUGGAGAGGCGGCUGAGCCAUUUGGUCAGCAUGGACUCCCAACUGGAGGAAUUCCCCUUGCAAGUGCUCGCCUGUGUCACCAAUGGAUUCGCCGAAGAGUUCAAGAUCGGGACGGGAAGCUUCGGCUCGGUCUACCGUGCGACAUUGGACGAUGGACGAGAAGUGGCCAUCAAGCGAGCCGAAACAUCGACAGCAGCAUCGCCGUCAAAUUUAGGCGGUGGCGGCCCAAGCGCCAGGAGGCAAAACGAAGACAUAGACAGGGCAUUUCUCAACGAGCUCGAGUCUCUGUCCCGCCUCAACCACAAGAAUCUCGUCAAGCUAUCUGGAUUCUGCGAAGACGGCAACGAGUUGAUAUUGGUCUACGAGUACAUGCACAACGGUACGCUCCACGACCAUCUCCACAAGUUUCCAGAUUCCCCACUCAAUUCGUGGGCGGCGCGUCUCGGAGUAGCCUUGGACGCGGCUAGGGGCAUCGAGUACCUUCAUGUCUACGCAUCUCCCCCCGUCAUCCACCGCGACAUCAAGUCUUCCAACAUUUUGCUCGACAAAAGCUGGAUGGCUAAGGUUUCCGAUUUCGGGCUCUCUCUUAUGGGCCCCGAAGACGACGAGUCCCACCUCUCUCUCCACGCUGCAGGAACACUUGGCUAUGUGGAUCCCGAGUACUAUCGACUACAAAUCCUCACGUCCAAAAGCGACGUGUACAGCUUCGGGGUCGUUCUGCUCGAGUUAUUAUCGGGGUACAGGGCUAUUCACAACAACGACAACGGCGUGCCGAGGAACGUGGUGGACUUUGUGAUUCCCUACAUAUUGCGAGACGAGAUUCACAGGGUCCUAGACCCGAAGGUCUUGCCCCCAAACCCUUUUGAAAUACAAGCUGUGAUGUCUGUAGGAUACUUAGCUGCGGAUUGCGUGCAUUUGGAAGGCAAAAAUCGCCCCACAAUCACAGAAAUUGUAUAUAGAUUAGAAAGAGCUCUGGUCGUGUGCUCGGCCCGUCCCGCUUACUCUCGGUCUUCGACGGAAUCCUCGACCACUUAGUUGUCCUUGUUCGUUGUGAAUAGCGCGACUUGCCAUCACUGCCGAGCCAAAUUUGUAGAGAACACCAUUCUUUCUCAAUUCUUUCCAUGUCUACCUCCUCUUUUUGUACCGUUACAUUCUUUCCUUUCUUUGAUUCAGAGGAGAACAAGGCAAUGGAUGUUUCUCCAACAUGCCAUAUGUACUGAUGCAACGCAGCAUCCCCAAUUAGCAACUAUUUAACCACAAUUCAACGAAA